AUGGCGACGAGUCACAAAAAUUACCACGACGCCGUUCGCGACGCCCUCACGGAGGCGUUUCGGCUCGAGAGCGCGCCGAGUAAGAAGAUGGACGGUCGAGAUCGUCCCGAGAUCGAGUACGCGGACGCGCCGGCGCUGUUGCGGGCGCCCGUGAGGAUCACGCGCGGGGACGAGGGCGAGGGGGAGUGUUUGAUCGAACGCGCCGUGAACUCCUGUCGCGUGAGCGUGCGGGUGCGACAGAGCGACGAGUUGGAGACGAUAUUGGCGCGGUCGUUCUGCGGAGCGCUGGGUCGGAGGGCGGACGCGUUCGAGGUUUUGAGACGAGUCCCGGUGGACGGGUACGACGUGUCGUUUUUGAUUCUGUUGCGGCACGCGGAGACGAUGGACGUGGGAGCGUUGGUGGAUUUCGUGGUGAUGUUCAUGGAGGAUGUGGAUAAGGAGAUCAGUGAACAAAAGUUGAGCGUGAGCUCGCGGGGGCGAGCGGUGAGCACGGCGUUUUUGAAACAGUUUACGUGA